CCAUCUCACUAAUAUUUUGUUUCUUUCCUUUUCCUUUAGUGGCUGUUAGACUUUCCUCCGUACUUACCUUGUAAUAAAAUGCUGCUACAUAUAUCUGUUUUCCUUAUAUUCAAGUGGGCAGUGUUCAUAUCUUAUUUUCAUAUUCAAAUGUGCACUCACCAUAUUGCAUUGCCAUCGCCAUACUCUUUACUCUGUUAAAUCAGUUUGCUGUUUCAAGAUCCGAUGGAGAAACCUUCUUCCUUGUUCAUUUCUUUUGCACUGCUUCUACUAAGCAUCACCACAGUUUCUUCAGAUGAUCAAGAAUCACUUGUUGCCUUCAAAACCCGAAUAACCUCGGACCCUUUCCAAAUCUUGUCCAAAAACUGGUCUGCUAAUGCAUCCAUUUGCAGCUGGAUUGGUGUCUCUUGUGCCACUAAUAGAGUCACAGAUCUCAACUUUUCUGGCUUUGGAUUUCAAGGCACUCUUUCUCCAAGCCUCGGAAACUUAACGUUACUCACUUCUUUAGACCUUCGAUUCAACAAUUUCACAGAUUCCAUACCUCGAGAGCUCUCCAAUUUACGCCGUUUGAAGUCCGUCGAUUUCGGAUUCAACAGAUUCGCCGGUGAAAUACCGUCCUGGUUUGGAAACUUGCACGAACUCGAGUCCAUUCUCAUGGACAACAACACUUUCUCGGGCCCGAUUCCUCCGUCAUUAGGCAACAGCUCGAAACUGAGGAUACUCAACUUGCAGAACAAUUUUCUUGAUGGGAAUAUCCCACAAGAGUUUGGCAAUCUCACUUCCCUGGAAAGACUUGAACUCAAGUUUAACCAAAUCACUGGCUCCAUUCCACAUGGCAUAUUCAACCUUUCUAGUAUUAUCAGAAUUGAUCUCACAGGUAACAGUUUAUCGGGCAGCCUCCCCAAUGACAUGUGCAAUAGUAUUUCAAAACUCGGCGUACUUUUUCUGUCGCUGAAUCAACUCGGUGGCCGAAUUCCAUUCGGUAUUCACAAGUGCAGUGAGCUCCAGGGCUUGUCGUUAUCCUUAAAUCAUUUCAAUGGCAGCUUACCAAUUUCAAUCGGCUGGUUGACCAAGCUCCAAGUCUUGUAUCUUGGGCUAAACAGCUUCCAAGGGGGAAUUCCGGCGAGCCUCGGAAAUCUAUCACGUCUAAGGGAUUUGAGCCUUACUGGUGACUCUCUAACGGGACAAAUUCCAUCUUUUAUCUUCAACAUGUCUUCUCUGGAAAAGGUUGAUUUAUCAAACAAUAGUCUAUCAGGAAGUCUUCCAGUGUAUAUUAAUCUUCCUAAUCUCGAGCAGCUCUAUCUUGACUCAAAUCAGUUGACUGGUCAACUUCCGGACAAGAUAUGGGACUGUAGAAGGCUUUUCAUCAUAACAUUGUCUCUUAACAGAUUCACAGGUCACAUUUCGGAGCAUGUCGGAAAUCUCACAGCUCUUCAAUACCUAAAUUUUGCUCAUAACAACUUUACAGGUGAAUUACCAGCUGAGCUUGGUAACAUUAAUUUUGUGGAAAUCAGUGUCGGUAACAAUAGUUUAUCUGGCGGCAUCCCGUUUUCGAUGUUUAACAUAUCCACAAUGGAGAUGAUGGACUUUUCAACCAAUCAAUUCUCAGGGCAGCUUCCCUCGACUAUAGGGCUUUCACUCCCCAGUCUACAACUUCUUUAUUUGCAUAGCAACAAACUUAGUGGUCGAAUUCCGAGCUCUAUCAGCAAUAUUUCUGGUCUUACUCUCUUAUCCAUGACAGAAAACUCUUUUUCCGGCCCAAUGCCUCACUUUGGUGGUUUAAGACUCUUGGAGCGCCUUUUCAUUGGAGGAAAUAAUCUAACGGGAGAAUCUCCAAACGGCGAACUGAGAUUUAUAUCUUCGUUAACAAACUGCAGAUUUUUGUAUCACGUAGAAGUGUCGCUCAACCAGCUGGGCGGUGUACUCCCUGCUUCAAUAGGGAAUUUCUCUUCUUCUCUUCAGAUUUUCAGAGCAUUUGAUUGUAGAAUUAGAGGUUCUAUUCCUACUGAGAUUGGAAACUUGACCACCUUGCGAGACUUAUAUCUAGACAACAACGAGUUGACAGGAUUUAUCCCAACAACACUCGGAAAGUUAAAACAACUCAUACGUAUAUAUCUCGAGCACAAUAAACUCGAAGGACGCAUCCCGGUUGAUCUUUGCCAGCUCAGCAGAUUGGGGGACUUGUACGUGAGCAACAACAAUCUCAAUGGUACGAUUCCUUCAUGUUUUGGCGAACUCAAAUCCAUUAGAAGAUUGUACUUAGAUUCCAACAAAUUGGAAUCUGAUAUACCUUCCAACUUGUGGAAUCUUGAUGGUCUCUUGGCCUUAAACUUGUCCACAAACAAUUUAAGCGGAAGUUUGCCAUCCGAGAUUAAGAACUUGAAAUCUAUCGGAGAUUUAGACUUGUCGUGGAAUCAGCUCUCGGGCGAUCUCCCAAGUUCUAUCGGAGAUUUAGAAUCAUUGUUUUCACUGUCUUUAGCACACAACAAGUUUCGAGGUUCACUUCCUUCUUCCCUUGGAAAUUUAAGAGGCUUGGAAUUAUUGGAUCUCUCCUUCAAUAAUUUCUCUGGUUUUAUACCAAAGUCAUUAGAGGGACUCGUCUAUCUCAAAUUCUUCAACGUCUCUUACAACAGACUAGAAGGACAGAUUCCCACAGGAGGUAAUUUCGCAAAUUUUACGGCGGAAUCAUUCUCACAUAACUCUCGUUUAUGCGGUGCAAAUCAUCUACAAGUCCCACCUUGUACAGAGAGUAGUAUCAAGAAAACUAGGAGGUCCAAGAAAGCUCUCUCUUUGGUGAAAUAUAUUGUGCCCUCUUGUGUAUCAGUCAUCAUUCUAUUGAGUUUAGUUAUUCUUCUGGUAAUGAGAAGAAGAAAAUCGAGCAAAGAGCAACCCAAAAGUGAAACUUCGUUGCAUCAUUCAUGGAUAGGAAGUUCUUAUCUGGAACUGCAGCGGGCAACCAACGCAUUCAGCGAGAGCAAUAUCCUUGGAAGUGGAAGUUUUGGCUCGGUAUUCAUUGGAACACUUUCUGAUGGCGUAACUGUUGCAGUAAAAGUUUUCAAUUUGCAAUCCGAGAAAGUAGCCAAAAGCUUCGAUACAGAGGUACAAGUACUGGGAGCUAUACGGCAUAGGAAUUUAAUCAAAAUCAUCGGCUGCUGCAGUAAUGAAGAUUUCAAAGCUCUGGUUUUGGAGUACAUGCCUAAUGGGAGCCUAGACAAGUGGCUGUACUCCCACAACUAUUUCUUGGAUUUAUCGCAACGAUUGAACAUAGCAAUUGAUGUUGCAUCAGCCUUGGAAUAUCUUCAUACCGGACUCGAUUUCCCCAUUGUUCACUGCGAUUUAAAGCCGAGUAAUGUGCUGCUAGACAAAGACAUGACUGCACGUGUUGGCGAUUUAGGUAUCGCCAAACUUUUUGAUCAAGGGGAGUCGAUGAUCCAAACGAAAACAUUGGCAACCAUCGGAUAUAUGGCACCAGAAUAUGGAGAACAAGGAAUAGUUUCCACCAAAGGCGAUGUCUAUAGUUUCGGUAUACUGCUGCUGGAGAUUUGCACGAGGAAAAAACCGACGGACGAGAUGUUCGGUGAUGAAAUGAGCUUGAAGAGUUGGGUCAGCCUAUCAUUAAAUAAAAACAUGAUUUCCGAAGUUGUGGACGCUAAUCUGCUUGUAAGAAAAGAUGAUAAUUUCUCGGCGAAGGAGCAAUGUCUGUCAUCGAUUCUGAGCCUGGCAAUGGAAUGUCUAACCAGCUCACCUUCAGACAGGAUCACCAUGACUGAAGCUGUGGCCAAACUAGAUAAGAUUAGAACCAUGUUUCUAGCAAUAUAGUAAUAAGUUAGCAGACAUCAAUUUUUUCAUCAAUCUGAACUUCAUUUGUAAAAAAUAAAUAUCCUCUGUGGAACAAAUUAGUGACAUUUUUCU